AUGUUCCAAAGAGACUAUCGUGAGACUCGAAAAACGGAAGUUGAUGGCCUUUACCACUGGAAAAUUGGGCCUUUGUUUGAACCUGAAGCUAUCAGGAUUGUCAUGAAGGUCAUCCACGCGCAAGCUCAAGAUUUGCCAGAUGAGGUCACGCUUCAGAUGAUAGUCUCAAUAGCUGAAGUUGUGGACGACCUUCAAUGCCAUGACGCUCUAUCAUUCUUUGUCAAGGUAUGGAUUAAUCGGUUACCUGAGUCAGUUCCCAGUCAAAUGUGUGACGAGCUGGUACAACGGAUCUUCGUUGCAUCGGUGUUUGGUCUGGAUGAGAAGUUUAAGCAGGCGACAAGAGUGGCAGUUAUGCGCAGUACCGGGCCUAUAGAUAUAUUAGGACUUCCUAUGCGUCCAGAUAUUCUCGAUAAAAUUGAGCAAAAGAGACAAGAUCUUCUCGAAGAUCUGAUCGCACAGUUGAACGCCGUGUUGGACAAUUUAUGCUCGGACCGCUCUUGUCGUGUCCUCACAUGCAGGCUUAUGAUGCUUGGAGCAUUGACUCAAGAAAUGAAGACCACGAAUUUGCACUCACCUCGCCCCGCAAGGCCUUUCCGCAACCAGAGUCUGUCCUCAGCACUUGAAGCGGUGAGACACUUUGACUCACCUUCUCUCCAUCUCCCAUCAGAGGCUAUUUCUCAUUAUUCAUUUGAUUAA